GUUAAGCAUCUCCACCAAAUUCGGUAGCAUACACUAACAUUCUUGCCGCGUCAAUUUCGACGUGCUCAUCCAAUGCGACCAUCCUCACUCAUCUUCUCGACACAACCACUGGGUUCCAUUCGAUACAAAAAUGGACGCCCCUGUCGCUGCCAAUAUUCUAGGCACACUCGGAGCUGUCUGUUGGUCAAUUCAGCUGAUACCUCAAAUCAUCGUCAAUUAUCGUCGCCAUAAUGCGACAGGUCUCCAGCCAUCAAUGAUGAUGCUCUGGGCAUGGGCAGGUGUUCCGCUAGGCGUGUACAACAUCGUCAAAGAGUUCAACAUCGCCUUACGGAUACAGCCUCAGAUCUUGACGCUUUUGAGUCUCGUAACAUGGAUUCAAUGUUAUUAUUACGAACGAAAAUGGAGUGUAUACCGCUCUCUACUCGUUGUCGCUCCCAUCGCAGCCGUCAUGGGCGGUAUCCAAGCCAGUCUCAUCAUCGCCCUCCGCAUCGCCAAAUCACACUCCUUAGAAUGGCCUCUCAUCCUCAUGGCAUCUUUGUCCGCGGCUUUGCUCGCAGCGGGCGUACUCACUCACUACUGGGACAUUUGGACGCAUCGGACCGUCCGUGGCAUAUCAUUUCUCUUCGUCGCCAUUGACGCAGCAGGUGAUGUGUUCUCACUUGUGUCCGUGUUCUUCCAACCUGAGCUUGACGUUCUUGGAAUUGUCAUCUACGCGACAGAGUUUGUUCUGUGGUGUGGUGUGUUUGCUUGUGGUGGGUAUUACAACCUUUUGCCUUGGGUCAGGAAGAGGCUUGGGAAGGAGAGUAAGAGGGCUGAAGGUGAAGAGAGCGCAGGUGAUGGGGUAACGAUGAAUGAGAAUGUGUCUUCGAGCUCGGUUUUUAGGACGGUGAGUGGGAAUGAAGAGGGCAUGAGGGCGAGGAAUGCGCAUCGUGGAUCUGAAGAUGUUGAGUGAGCAUGAUGCGAGAAGACGAUGCAAUGUCCCCCAACCAUCAAUCUGCCCACAGAUAAGGAGAUCUCGAGUAUCUAAAUAGAAUAUGAGAACAAAUAUCAAGACUAUCAUCAUCAAGUGGAUCGAAUUGCA